AAAUGACAACACACACUGUAAUGUUUGGCUCUCUCCGAUUCCCGUGUUUGCAUUUUAGUCUCUGCAUACUGAAGCAUUGAUUCUGUGUGGAUUUACUAUUUGUGUGUGUUUCUAUUGUGUUUGUACAUUCAUACUGGAUAUAGAUUAGAAUCUCUGGAUCAACGUCAGGCUGAAGAAAACGGUUUUUGCUUUUUUUGAAAGUUUCGUCUAGAUCUGGUUUAUUUCUAGCAUUUCUGGGAUUUUUUAAAUACAUUGAACACCAAACGAUUCGCUUAUCCCUUCUCAGUGCCUCGUUCAUCGUUUUCACUGCGCUGGUGGCUAAGCGAUGGAGUUCCCUUAAAACGUGGUUGAAGCUGUCGUCGCUUUGAAAAGAUGAACGCCCAUGUGCCCUAGUGUUGCCAAAGAUCAGGGCCAUGAUGCGAUUGUUGUAUUUCCCAUGGAGUAUUUGUGCGUCAACAAUUUUGGCGACAUUUUUGUGUUUUUCAUUCGUAACAUCAGAACCUUUUGAUUUCGCAAAAUGCGAGAUUGUCGACAACUUCCAGUCUCGCUACGUGACGUCGAGCUUCAGGAGUCUGAAGCCUGGCAGUACGUGCGAGAGCAACAGUACCUCCACUUCCGGCCAGGAGGUUCACGUCAUCAUGGUCAAUGUCCCAGCUGAUAAAAAUGGAUGGCUGACUGUCCGGCUCAGCAUCCUGUCCAGGCGUAUGUCCAAUCUCAAGGCGAUCGAAGGCGUGGACUACCAAGAGCAGCAUACACCCCUCCUGAUGGUCCUGUACUCCAACGCCCAUGUGAAAUGGAAGGUGGAUAUAGACGGUGUCAGCAGCCAGGAUAAACAUAUGUUCACGUUGGCUAAAGGUUCCAGCAUCAAGUUUUUCAGAAAACGGACUCGCCUGAGCGCCAAGAGUCGAAAGAGGGACUUUAAGUUGGGCAUGAGCAGGAGUGACCUUUAUCAUUGGACCAAGAGUCGUUUUGGGGGAGUGACGUCGUUCAACGUCAUAGCUGACGUCAACAUCCAGUUUUACGUUGGCAGAGAUGUCAAUGCCAACUCUGUGUGCAAUGUCAACUCUCUGAAUGACAGUCUGAGGAUAUUCUACUUCCAUGAUGUCACCCAGCCAAUCAGUGGUUGUGUUUCUAAGCGAAGAAAUUACGUCAUCGCCAAGCCAGUGUAUAUCAUAGAGAUGCUGGAGCCCCCUCCUUACUCCCCUGGAGUCACUGGAGUCAGUCUGGAGCUGUUAGUGUACAGGGAGGAAGGGGAAGAGGAGAAUCCCAAUGAGAUCCGAAACUGUCAUCUAGUGAUCAAGUCUGAGAAGAACAUCACCUGGCAUGUCCACUCCAAGUACAUCAAUGGUCAGAUAGAUAUUGUGUAUGAUGCUGAUGUCAGGACAACUGGGGUCAGAUUCAAUACUUUUGGGUCACACUCUGACAUCAUUUCAGCCACAGGAGGAGCCUUGGUAGAGUGGACCCAGGAUCAUGUUGCCCCAGUCCAGCUGUAUGCUGGGAUACGGGGCGCCAAUUCCAUCAAACUUCUGAUUCCUUUACAAUCAAACUCAAAGGCACCAUCCCCAAGAGAUAGGACAACUGACCCCAACCACAACAGGAGCCCUUUAGCGGGAGCCCAAGAGCCCAAAAUCUCUGACUUUCAGGAGGGUCCUGUUAACCUGAACGAUGCCAUCAACACGACCUGUCUGGGGGGAGAGAUGAGAGUGGCCAUCUCCAAGAAAUUUAUUGAGGUCACUGGCUUGGAUUAUUCAAAGAUCUCGUUCAAGGAUCCCACGUGUGUGCCCGAAGAUGAGACUGACGACUUUAUCAUUCUGCGGACAUCUUUUAGCGAGUGUGGCACUCAGUCCAUCAACUUUGAUAACAUGACCAGUUUCACCAAUGUGGUACUUAUCCAGACACCUCCUGGACUGGUCAGUAGUUUACUAGAAGCAGAACUGGGCAGUGGCUACUUUGAAGGUGAGGCUGGUUCUGGCUCCAACGACCUUGCAGCAGUGACUGAUGAUGAAGACUUUGGCAGGCAGCCUUUAAAUGUUACUGUGGAAUGUAAAGUGCCAGCAGUCAUAAUUCAUCAAGUUGAUGUCCAGCCUGACAGUCCGAAGUGUCGUAUGACUUUAUACAAAGACCACUUUUUCCUGCGUGGUAAAACUGAAUACCCAGCACCUAUAGGCAAGGACACAACAAUCUUUAUCAAGUCUGUGACAGAUUCUGAAACUAUGAUUCAGACAGACUCCUGUUGGUUCUCACCUUCCAGACAGCCUUACCAGCCAGGAGUACAGUCAGAGUACAUCAUUAAACAUGGUUGUGAACAAAAUUCAGACACAGCAUUUUUAGAUCCAGUCGGAGCUCUGAGCAUAAUGGAGGAGACCAGGUUCAAGGUCAUUGUCAGAGAUAAGUUCAAAGGUCACCAUUCAGUCUAUCUUCACUGUCAGUUCUACACAUGCCAGAAAAAUAUGCCGAACUGUCAAGUGAACAGACAUCAAAGGUGCAGUCAGAUGGACCCUAGCGGUCCAGGCAGUCGGCCAAACUGUGGACCCGUGACACUUGGGCCUCUGGAGAUCACGGACAAGGAGAUUAGUCUGAAGCCUCCACAUGGUUACUACCCUGGCAGCCCCAACACUCUACCAGAUUCUACCAAGGAAGACAACAUGAACCUCAGUAACCAGCAGAGGGUCAUUAUUGAAGGUCUCGACUCCGCCACCGUCGUUGGUAUCGCCUUUGCAGCUUUCGCCAUCGGCAUCUUACUAACAGGAGCCUUGUGGUUCAUUCACUCCCAUACUGGGCCAGUCAAGCGUGGCGUGACGAAUCACAGGGAACCCGAAGCAAGUGGGGAGAUCACUCCUAACUCCUCCUCCCCAAUGACUGCAUAAAGAACUAACAAACACGGCAAUAACACCCUUGGGACUCUGAAAAACAUCGAGCGAGCUACAAGUGUUGUUUGAAUGACAUCUUAAGACUACAUUUUUAAUUUGUAGAAAUGACAACUUUAAACAAUUUCACAAAUGUCACAAUUUCGAGAACGUCGAAACAGAAGCAUAUCGGAGGAUGGAUUAUUUUUAAAAGGCACUCCAUGAUGAGGAUGGAUUAUUUUUAAAAGGCACUCCAUGAUAUUGGAAUGUAAUUUAUGGAAAUGUAAAAAUAAGUCUUGGGAAAAGAUGACAGGGAACUAUUGGCCACAAGUACAAAGGAACAUGUUUGGGGUACAUUUGUUCAAGGUUAAUGAUUGUGAUGCAGGUGUGUGAAACAGGUGUCGCUGGCUUUGUCCAGGUCAAAGUUACGAGUAAAAACUUGCAGAGUUUGGUUCAGAGUUGUGUGGAAUUGUGAUAUACUGUUCAGCUAUUGUUUUUUUUUUUAUAUAUCUCUAUAUAUAACCAGGAACGGAAUCUGAUAUUAUUUAUUUGAUAUUGACUGAGGGAGAGGUUCAUAUCACUGUAAUAUAGUCUGUGAGUCUUCAAGUAAAUUAUUCAUUAAUUGUAACUGUCUAAAAUCAGAACAAAUAUUGAUUGUUUGAAGAGUAUCAAAGGAUCUGCAAAGGCUGUGAAUGGAGCCAGUGUACUUUUAUACACAAGAAAAUCUAAACACUAAGUUAUUAAUGUGCGCCAACUUAUAAAAGCUACCACAGGCAUUCUUCAAGCUGUAAGCUCAGAUUUGUUCACUGUCAUGUGAUCAUUUCCUAUCAACGAUCAAUUCCUUGGAUCUUAUGACGCUAGGUCGUGGACAGUCUGGGGAUAAUUCUACGGGUAUGAAAAUGGACAAAGCUGGUCGCAUUAUGUGUUUGUUUCAUCGGAAGCACAGUGAUCAACAUCCUAGAUCAUGUGACCAUGUCUUUUCUUCAGACUAGACCAGCGCUUCAAUACACAAGUGUCAGUUAUAAUCUGUUUUAGAUUGAUUACCUAUGGAAGAACUGUGGCUUGUUAUAAUCUACUCUGCGGUGACAUGCUAAUUACUUCAACUGUGGAUGUAUUGAAAAUCAUUUUUUACAGCUAGUUCACAUUAUGAAAAGAUGGAUCAUCGGACAAAGUUUCUGAUGUUCUAGAUAUUCUGGUAUUUUAAGAAUUGAAAUGUAAUGGCCAGCAAAUAAUUUGUCCACAUUAAACUUACAUUAAUUAUAAUUUCUGUAAUUAAUAUAAGAAACUUUUUUUUUUUUAACAGAUCAUUGUUCUAACUAUUUAACACCAUCAUAAACAUUGGCCACAGAAAUAAGUUGACAUUCGCUUCCACUCCUAUAGCCUUAAUGUUUCAAUCUGCUGGCUGGCAGAAGAAUCAUGCUUGACUAGAUUGACCUAGAAACGAGCAUAGGACAUAAUCAUCUUCUUUUUUUGGAAGUAACGUCCGUAUUUUAUAAGAUAAGAUAAGACCAUUCUCAAUUUGCAAUUUGUCUCGGGUUGACAUAAAACAGCAUUAUCUAAUUGAUUACCUCCCUUUGACUGUAUUUUUUUUUUUUCCCAGUGAGUACAAAUUAUAUUUUCCUCAUUUUGUUGGGUUUUUUUUUUCCUCCCUGUGCUUGAUGUUUGCAUUAUACGGGUCAAUGUCAGUUUAUUUUUAUUUGCCUCUUUACAUGUAGAAUGUUUUAUGUCAGUUUUUUUUUUUGUUGAGUUGAAACACUUGAAAUCUAUGUUGAUUUAUUGAAACUUUUGUCAAUAUUGUAUGGCCAUUCUGUGUUAGGGUUAUAAAGGACUUGGAUGCUUUUUGUCUCAUUACGUUGUAGAGGUGAGCUCUUUGGUAUUCGAAAAUUAGUUUCUCAGACUAAAACAAGGUGGUUGAAACACGUGACAAAUUGAUGAAACGUUUUCCUAAGAUUGAUCACUAGAGCCCUUUUGGAGUUCAGCCUCCCUUUAAUUAUUGUUGUGUUUUUUUUUAAAAUCAUUUCACAAAACUUCUUCUCAUGAAUAUUUGACGAAUCUGUCUUGAGGGUAAAACUUGUACAAAUAUUUAAAGUCAAAAAUUUAUUUUAUUAAUCUUAUUACACCUUAAUUUAUUUGACGAUGUCUUGUUCUGCUUCAGGUAUGGCAAAAUAUGUAGGACAUAGCUGGUUCUGUAUGGCCAGGUGAACUAGGGCACUGUUUAGAAUUGAAGACAAAGCCUCAUUAUAUAUUGAUAUGUUCAUCAAAUAAAAAUAAAAAAAUAAAGGUUCCUAAAAAAAAUGACUUCAAAAAAAAAAAAGCUAUUAAUCAUCAAUGACAUUGUAUACGAUUAGUGCAAUAAUGGAAUUGUUCUUUAAGUAAGUAUUAUUAGUCCUACAGUUGGUUUUUGAUUAUUUCAAUGACGACAUCCGCUUGAAGUCAAAAGCACAUCACUCUUGGCCUGUACCAUAGCAUAAUAAUUGAGUUCUUUGUUUAACUGUAAAGUUUGUACAGAUUGUUGUUUGAUAGAUACAGUGAACACUAUCACUAUUUGUUUGCUUUAUCAACUAGUUGUCUAGAUGUAGUGAGACCAUUAGCCAUAUAGUGAGAUGGUUCGCUACGUGCUAGGUUUGAAAAAAAAACAUGGGCCUCAGCUCCAGAAGAAAAUCAUGACAUACGAAAAAAUGGCUGGCUCUUCUACCACCAAAGCGAAAGCCACUUGCAGUACAUGUGGACGGGAUUGUCUUUCCGAAACAGCGGCUCCACAGUCACAUGAAAAAAGUAUUCGAGAUGAGCCGUAGUCAUUCUGGGACUGGAAGAGGCCAACUGGAGGCUGGAUCACUUCUUGACGAUGCAGUCUACUACAUAGCGAUAUGGUUCACUUUUUUUGUGAGAUGUUCACUUCAUAGUGAGAUGAUUCACUCUUCUAUUCUCAAAAACAGUUUUUACGUUUCAUCCAGCAGGUGAUUGAGAGAGUAGUUUCCCAUGGAUUGUAGUUCUUGUGUCUAGUGAAACCUGUUUCUUGGGAACUCACUAACUCACUGGCAGUAUCACUUUAAAGGGAGCGAAGAGAGCAGUAUUAGUUGCUUCACCUUACGUUUGUUUUAUACUCAUUAUCUCCCCAUGUUUUGCAUCUCUGUGUCUCAUUUGAGAGCUUCGGUCUGCGGCGUUGUCGGCGUGGGAGACCCCUCUCCAAUACUUUGGCUCUUUAUUCUUGCAGAGUUUUUAGAAUAAUUGAACUUCGUCCUGGUGACCUAGCCAUAUUGCAGAAUAGAUGUUGUUAGUUGAACCUUGGACCAUCAGUUAGACAUUUCUUCACCUAUUCUGCUUCAAUCAUUAAAAGAUUUCUUUUUCCUGUUCUUUUUUCUUUUUUUUUUCUGUAAUAUUAAAUUUGGUUUGAAUAAUCUUUUACCCUUCAGCAUUAUCUGCCCUUGGAUUCUCUUCUACCUAUUAGUUUCUUGAAAACUAAAUACAUGGUUAUGUCCCUUUGACCCAAAGAAAAUAUAUAUUUUUUAAUUCCAGGAAUGUUACAAGGGUUCUCACUAUCCCCUCUGUUUGAGUUGCCCCACUAGUUAGAUAUCUAGCUGCAAACUAGUAGAAAAGAGUACUAGAUGAAGUACCACCAGAGAGUACUAGCAUAGCACCAGAGUGGAAGAGACAGAGUUACCUUGACGCUAAGAAACUUUUUCAAUUCUUCCUCUUGAUCAGUUUUCACCUAGAAGUCAUCCUGAGGUCAUUUGAUGAACCGAGUGUCAGCUAAUGUGGCCAGAGCUUUCAUCAGCUUUCUACUUCAUAUUUGGAUCCUAUCAUUACUGUGAGAUAGUUCUACACAAUUUGUUUUCAGUACGGCGAAAAUGAAUACGGCGUGGUGGCACCGCCGUUCAGUCUUGAAUUGAAGCAUAAUUUUUAUUUCUGUUCAUAUUAAAACAUAGUUUUUGUUUUUGUUUUAAAACUUCUAAGAGACACUUUGUCUAAUUUGUUCUAAGCAAGAAAACUUUUUUGUUUCUUUCUGUUUUUUUAGAUUCCACUUUUUCAUUCUUCCUGUCUUCAAAGUGAGCUGUAGGAAUAUGAGGCUCUAGACAUGAUAUGUAGGGCAGUGGUGUGUACACAAUGAGUUGUCUUCCCUUGUUGUUGGUUUGCCCUCUAGUUAUUCUUGCGAGAGUUUGUAAAUACACUAUUCCUCUUUAAAGUCUGUAUUUUCUGUUGGUUUUACAAGUCUAGAGACUUUCCCUGCUAUGUAAAAUUCUCAAACCUAACUAGAGUUUCUUCUCCCGCAAAGUAAAGUUGUUCAAAGCAAAUGUAUUUGUAUUAAGACUUCAAACAAUAGGAAAUAAGUUCCUCAGACAAUAAAAUAAUCCUUAAAUAAGUUAAACCCAAGAAUCUAUCCUUCACCUCCAAAAGAAAUUACUUUAGCUGCUCUAUUGUUUAACAGCUUAGCUGUUCAUUGGAAUACAAAAUAUCUUAAAAUUUCAAAUUUGUUAAUUUUUUAAAAUCAGGAACUGUAAACAUUUCAAUCCAGCCAUUGACUAUCCUUCAUUUAUCUUUUAAUGUAAUGUUAGUUUUAUAUAUGUCGGUGAUGUUGUUUUAACUUUUUUUUUUCCUCUAGAUUUCAUUCUAGUUUUACAUAUGUCAGUGAUGUUCUGUACCAUUAACCUACAUAAUGUACAUACUGAGUGUGAAAUAUUGACAUCUAUGUUGCCCCCAUUUCCUGCCCCUCCCCUAUUGACUUGAUCACUGUACAUAGGUCAUGGUGUGUAAAUUAAUCUUUUUUUUUUUGUCUCUUUACGGGUAUACAGAUGUGCGUGACCGUCAGCGAUGUGUUAACGCUGCAGUCAUUGUCAAGUGUGUGGUUGUAGCCAGUCUUGAUGUGUGGUGUAAAGAGUGUUGCCGCAUCCAAGCUACUUCUAGCGUUUCUUCGUGUUCUCGGCAUAAAUAUAAUGCCGACAAGUCCUAUAGACUUUUCUAAAAAGGUUUAACUGUCUACAUGUUUGAAAAAAAAAUAUUUUAGGUUUAUAUAGAGCUUAAUUAUUAUUUUUCGUUAAAAUUUCUUUUGUAACAUUUCUAGGUUUAAGUUGGGAGUUGAUAAGAAAGUGCUGGGUUGUUUUUUUUCAGUGUAUAUUAGACCAAAAAAAUUUUUUAUUCCUGUUAAUGCUGUGCAGUAACAGGUUUACUUCUUCUGGCUUCAUCUUUUUUUUUUCAUCUGGGUUUAUUACUUUACUUCACAUGGGUUUAUCAGUUUACUUUCUUUGGAUUACUUGUUUCACUCAAAUGUUUGUGCCAUAUUUGUAUUAUGACUUUUAAUUAACAGGGUUGACUUUAUCAGUCAUAUGACUUCUACCUCCCACAGGAUCGACACUUUUCUUCCAGUAGUCAGAAACUUAUUUUUGUGUCAAACUUGUUUUUUUUUUUGGUAUGAGACAAUUCGAAUUGCCAUGACACUUUACACUCGGACUGCAGUGACUUAGGUCAAGACCAGUCAUCAUUGUAGACCUGAACGCUGACCUGUGAUGUGGCAACCUUUGGUCAGGGGAGACCAAUCAUUUGUUGCCAUAUCACAGAUAGAAGAUACAGACCGGUGACCUGGCAAUGAGCUAUAGGUCUCCACUACCCACAGGUUGUGAUGUCGCAGUGUUGAGGCCUGCUAUAAGGACUGGUCUCGCUUGGAUACAAGACAGCAUAACAUUUUUUCUUGAUCGUUUAGUUUCUACUAGACAUGUUCUGGGUUAUUUCAGUUUUUAGAUACAUAUUAUUAAAUAGUUAAAAAUUAAUUAAAAUUAGCAUGUGACUGAGCUAAAGAUUAAACAUUAUUAGCAUCAGAUUUUAUAGACUGACAUCCCUUUAGGCUAGCAUCAGUUGAAAAUAUAGACUGACAUGAGUUUAUGUUUCUCAGGCAGUUUAACGCCAAAUAGCAAAAAGAAGGAUAGGUCUAGACAUCAGAUUAUUAUUACCAUAAAGAAUUCAAUAUCUGUGAAUUGCACUGUCAACUCAUUAUUGACUCUAGGUCUGCAUCAUUCAUGUUUCAAUAGGCAGUUUAACGCCAAAUAGCAAAAAGAAGGAUAGGUCUAGACAUCAGAUUAUUAUUACCAUAAAGAAUUCAAUAUCUGUGAAUUGCACUGUCAACUCAUUAUUGACUCUAGGUCUGCAUCAUUCAUGUUUCAAUAGGCAGUUUAACGCCAAAUAGCAAAAAGAAGGAUAGGUCUAAACAUCAGAUUAUUAUUACUAUAAAGAAUUCAAUAUCUGUGCAUUGCACUGUCAACUCAUUAUUGACUCUAGGUCUGCAUCAUUCAUGUUUCAAUAGAACUUGAGAUAUUAAAGAAUUGUUGCUUGGGCCAUGAGAUACAAUGAAGAUAAUCGAAGUUUUAGUUUGUUUUUUUAUUUCUUAUUUAAUACAAAUCUGUAAGAAGUUUUAAAUUUGUCACAUAAUUUUUGACUGAGUUUUUCAACCUGUUUCACUGAUUUGGAAAAGUGAACAUUCAGUUCGGUGAAGUUUUAACAUCGUAGACUUACAGAAAUCAUCCAGUCUUGACCUAAUUGAGAUUUUUUCUAGCCUCGGUCGAUAUUGUUUGAUUCUCUGUUACUAGAUUUCUUGUUUGUUGGUAUUUAAAACAUAAAUGGAAAGCAAAAAAACCUGGCCAUACUUCUGCUGUCCUGUUUGUCUUGAACAUCUUGUUGGUUGUUAUCUAUUGAUUGACAUGUCUUGACGCGUUCAUCUUAUAAGGUCAUCACUUUGAAUGACUCAUCAACUGAUUCACUCACUCAUGUUCACUAAGGGAUCAGUCCGACCUCCCCUACAUCUCGUUAGUUCUUUAGUUUAAACUGAACAUUCAUGCGUUGAUCUAUUCAUAACAAAAACAAUAUUUAAUACUCAUUGAUUGAUCAUAUGCGGCAUCUCAGUUGAUUUUUGUUGAUUGUCAGAUAUUUUGUUUUUAUUCAAGGUUUAGGCUCACUCUCCUCGAAGACCGAUGCCCCCAUGGCAAGGAUUUUUACUUCUCGAUCUAGUUUUGUCUUAUGUUAACGGAAGCAAGGGAGAUCACCCCCAUCAAAUUUUUCCUGAUGUCACGUUGUCUCUAGCUUUGCAUUUCACUAAUUUACUUGAUGCAUUGACCUUGUUAUCAGGAGUAGUCUGCCCGUCUUUAUUCUCUCCCUGCCAGAUUUUGCAUUGAGAGUUAUCUGACAUUAUUUUCAAGCCUGUCUAUAGAGUUAUUUCCUUAAAAACAGCCUGUUACGUUGCUCCCUACUCAGAAUGGCAAUUAAAUGAAGGGCCAAGACUAAAACUAGUGAACAAUGUAUAACUAAAUGUAUUACUAAAUCUUGAAUGCCAGAGAGUUUGUGUUAGCAUCUGUAAGGAUAGCUUAGAGAAAUGUAUAACUAGUUUUGAAUGCCAGAGAUUUUGUUAGCAGCUCUGUUUAGAAAUUUUAAACUAGAAAUCUCAAUUUUAUAACUAGGCUACAUCUUAAACAUAUACACAGAGUGCAUGUACAGUGUAGCAAUGGUUGACUUUAAACUAGCUUCAAAAAUACAUUUUAUUGUAUGAUCUAGCUGUAUCUUCUGAGUGAGCACUGCUGGUCUGUAGCACUAGCCUACAUCAUACAGUCAUUUAGUGACUUUAAGAUACAGUAGGUCUUCUAAAAUUAUGAAUGAAUUCUUUUGAUAAAUAUUCAAUUGAGGGGAUCCUUUUGUAAUCUUGUCUUCAAAUAUGAGCCGCCCCCCCCCCCCCCCUUAUCAAUGGCAGCUCUAUGAUGUAAGUGUUUGUAUGUUUUUCUUGAUAUUUUACUUUCUCAAGUCGUUCUCUUGUCAUCCAUUUGAAGAAAGAUUUGUUUCAUCUCAUGCCUCUUUCCACUUUUUGAAGUAUUAGAGUUAGUGUUAUGUGGGUCAGUGAUCAAGCAACAGAAUUCUGGGUUCAGUGUAAUAUGGGUCAGUGAUCAACAGAAUUCUGGGUUCAGUGUUAUAUGGGUCAGUGAUCAAGCAACAGAAUUCUGGGUUCAGCUCAUUUGAUCCAGUGUAAAUACAAGUCUACAGCAACCAGACUUCUCUCUUGUGACAAAGUUUUUUUCAAAAUGAAAGCAUUUAUUUACUUUUGUUUAAAAUAAUUAUUUUGUUAAGUUUUUUUUUUUUUUUUAAAGUUUUUUUAUUUGUCAAAAUGGUUUGUGAUGUCGAUGUACAUAAAAUUUGACAAAUUUCUCUAGCAGACAGAAGACAACAUCUGACAGAUUGGUUUAAAGAUGAAAAUGACAGACUUUAUUUAUUGGAUAGAUCUUUCAUUGAUUUUUUUCUUGUAAUCAAUGCCUUCUAUAAAACAAAAUAUGUUUAUUCUUUAAUCCCAUUGACUAGAGUUUAAGCUCAACUCUAGAAGACAUUGUUUCAUUUCUUUUUUUUUUUUCGCUUCCAUAUUUUUUUUGGAAAAAAAAAUAUUUUCAUCCCAAAAACUGGACAUGCUUUGAAAUCCCCGUAGAUUUUUUUUUUUCUUCAAGUGCAUCUCUAGAGAUUUUCUAUACAAGUUUUUUUAUUUUAAUUUUGUUUUUCUGAAAUGAAAUGUUUGUGUCGAAACUAAAUUUCAUGCAUUUCUGUAUUGCGUUUGAAAAUGUUUUCAUGUUUUAUGCAUUCAAUAUCAAGAUAUGGCCAAAAAAAAAAAACCCAUAACGUUGUUCAGAUGGCACUAGAUUUACACAUCCAGUUACACACACUAGAAGUCCCAUGAGCACACUAUCAUAUGUCAAUGUUGUUGAUGAAGCAGUCAUCUGGACACAGAAAUAUUUGUUUGAUCAGUUAAGCAGCAGUUUUCUUUUUUGGGUGUGUUAGUGUACAGGCUAGCUUAUACCAAGGGCAACUAAUUUUGUACAACUGCUGGAUCAUCGUUUGAGUUGUCUCAUCAUGUCUUGUUCAUACCGUCACAGUUUCUUUUCUUUGAUAAGUAACAUUCAAGUUAGUUUAAGUUAGAGCCCCAAGAUGCUGGUAAUAUUUAAAGUAAUUUAGACCAUUAGAGCCUCAAGAUGCUGGCAGUAUUUAAAGUAAUUUAGACCAUUAGAGCCUCAAGAUGCUGGCACUAUUUAAAGUAAUUUAGACCAUUAGAGCCCUAAGAUGCUGGCACAAUUUAAAGUAAUUUAGACCAUUAGAGCCCCAAGAUGCUGGCAGUAUUUAAAGUAAUUUAGACCAUUAGAGCCCCAAGAUGCUGGCAGUAUUUAAAGUAAUUUAGACCAUUAGAGCCCCAAGAUGCUGGCACUAUUUAAAGUAAUUUAGACCAUUAGAGCCCCAAGAUGCUGGCACUGUUUAAAGUAAUUUAGACCAUUAGAGCCCCAAGAUGAUGGCACUGUUUAAAGUAAUUUAGACCAUUAGAGCUCCAAGAUGCUGGCAGUAUUUAAAGUAAUUUAGACCAAUAGAGCCCCCAAGAUGCUGGCACUGUUUAAAGUAAUUUAGACCAUUAGAGCCCCAAGAUGCUGGCACUAUUUAAAGUAAUUUAGACUAUCUUAAGCCCAAGAAAAUGAUGACAUUUAAAUUAGUUUUAACUUUCCUUUAGCCCAAAGACCUUGGUCUUCAAGAUAAUGAGUUUAAUUAAAGAAUUGUAUCCUAAGACCUGGCUUUUAAUUACUUUGGUCGCUGUGAAUCAGUUUUUAGUCUUCAACAGUGCCACAAUUUCAUUCAAGUUCCUUUUGUUCCUUUCUAAAAUUAUCCUAAUGUUAUAUUAAUUUGGAAUUAUAAUAAUUUUAUUUAUAAAGCGUUGUUAACAAACAAUGAAUUAAUGUAACAAGUAAGUGUCACCAACCUCAGUGGCUAAUUAUAUGGAGAUUUAGUCCAAGGGUUGAAACAUUGAAAAAAUGUCUUUUGGUUUUCUGAAUGUUCAAAGUUUGUCCAAUGACUCACCUACUCCAGUUUCUGUUUUCUUUUGGGUUACAUUUUCUUGGGCUUACAAGUGAAUACAAAACGAUUCAAUUCAGUGUUUGGUUUGAUUCAACUGUGUUGAUUCAACUCUUUGUUUCAAUUGGGUUACUAAAUAUUUUAUUCUGUGCUAUAUUUAUUUUCUCCAGAGUCUGGUCAAUCCUUGGCUUCAAUUUAUUUAUUUUACUUUUUAAUCUAAUAAUACAUAUGUCAAAGUAUAAAACAUAUUUUUAAAUGUAUUUUAACUCAUAGGGAAAAAAAACUGUAUGGCUGUUCAUAUAGAUUAAUAAUUUUGUAUUAUAAAUUGAUCUCCAGCACUUACUAGAAAUGAGGCUUUUUCUCUAACUAAUUUUUUUUUUUUUACAAACCCAGAAAAACCUAAUCCAAACUCAAUUUUGUUUCAAAUUUUUUUUUUUCAAUAGUUGUUUUGUUUUGUUUUAUUUAUUGGACAAUUUAUACCACUGAUUACCUCAUUUUGGUUAUUUAAUGCAUUGACUGUACUCUCUAAACUAGAUUUUUAGAAUGUACAACACUGCCCCACCCCUAGACAAGGGAUUUAUAUAAGUACCAGAAAAUAAAAUGCUUAUUUAAUUAUAUUGUUAUCUUUUUAAAAAAAAAUUCUAACUAGUUUUUUUCCCCCCUCAUAUUUUAUUGGAUGGCUACUAUUGUUAGUUAUGUUGUAUUAUCACUCGUCAUGUUGUACUAUCAUCAUGUAUGUUGUAUUAUCAUUGGAUGACGCAGCAUUGAUUAUUUCGUAGCUGUAGACUCAUUCGUUGUUGUUCAGUGUUGUUUCCAUGGUAACCACGUUUGUAAUGUGCGGUUCUUUUGAUUCCCAUGUUGCCUGUGCGUGUGGGUGUGUGUGUGUGACACAAGAGAGAAAAAAAAAUGACGGAUUAAUUGGUACAUGCCUGAAAUGAAAUAAAUCAUCUUUAAUUGUUACAA